AUGCCCAUCACCGAACUCAUAUUCCCAACGUACAAGCUUGAUGCCGAGUCUCUUGCGGCUUUGAAGACCAAUGAAUCCCAUAUCUUCUCGCACCUUGCAAACGUCAAUGGUCUCCAAGCCGCCUUCAACGGGCAAAUCCUCGAACAUAAUGGAUCUCCAGUUGAUCCAAAGAACUCCGAAAAGUUCCAGGCCUUCAUUAAUUCGGUGAAGCCUUUCGUCGCAGCUCCUGCUGUGCCGGAACUCUACGAGCAGCAAGAACGAUCCAUCGCCUGUACGUCGACGAAUGUGACGCAGAUCUUCAAGUCAACAACAAGCGACACGAUAGAAAAGGCGUGGGAACAGCUGAAGAGCUCGAUUCGAGAUCAAUACUCGAUCGCAGACGCGCCAGCCUUCUACCAUGCGACUGGGAUCAAGGAGGAUCAGGGCAAAUUUCUAGGGUUGAUCGGGUGGCAGAAUCUUCAGGAAUAUGAACGUGUUGGAAAGGCCAGCGCCGUGAUGGCGCGCAUCCACGAACUGAGCAACGAGGCUGGCGGAGAGGUGGAUAAUCUCGUGGUGCAACUGGGCCAAAUCUAG